AUGGAUUUUACACCUAGAAGCCGACAGGUCCUUUCUGGACGAGUUGAUUCACUCAGACCUGAUUCUCAAGUUUUUAACCCUAAUAACACCAGAGAUUUAAGUAAUAAUGAAACCCAGUACACUAUGUAUGGCAAAACUCCUAAUUUGGUUAGAAGAAUACGCAAUGCCCGUAAUGAUAUUGGAGAUCUGGGAAGGGAAACCUUCAUGGACCAGCGUGAUGUUGCCCGUUUACCAUUUUUACUAGAUAACAGACUUGAAGAACUGUCUGAGAGAUUCACGAACUUUUUGAAGAAUUUUACAGAGUUCGAAGCACCUGUGGAAAGUAAAGAUGAACAACAAAAUAAACCUGCUACCACUGAACUAUAUUACUUGGUGAAAUUAAUGAACUUUAUCAAAGAAAAUUUGAGGGAUCAUUCUACUGGUUACAGCCGUUUUCUCCCCUUUGAAGUGGAUUUGAUGCAUGUUUAUUCCUUUGAUUUGGUUCUUUAUAAGUUGCUGGUAACGUUCCCAGCUGACUGUAUUGCAGAACUGGAUAAGGUACUUGUGAAGCUUUUUAACGAGUUGCUUUCAAAGCAUUAUUCUGACCUUUCCCUCGAAAACAACUCCUUUUUCCCCAGGGCAAGACUUAUGAACAAACCUGUCUCUGACUGUGUCGGAAACCUAGAGCCAAGCAUGGCUGACUCUUUAGUUCAGUUCUCAGGGACAGUGGUUCGUCAGACAUGGAUAGUUCCUGAGAUUACUAUGGCAUGUUUUAGAUGUAGGGGUCAGAAGAAAUUGGGGCUGAACGAUAUUCAACCUUGUACAUGUGAACACUAUGAAUACGUUAUUCAGGGAGAAGUAAAUGAGCCCCUACUGUGUAAUGAAUGUCACAGCAAAUAUACAUUCGAACUUAACCACAACAUGUGUGUUUAUUCAACCAAAAAAAUAGUAAAGUUGCUUCAAUCCAACAGUUCGACAAACAACCCUGACAAAGAUGGUUUGGACAAUUCUGUUGAUGAUAAUUCUGGUCUUAAUGGAGAAAUAUAUAUGAAAGACAAUGAGGUGAUUAAUUUGAACUUAUAUGAUGACCUUAUUGACUCAGUCAUCACUGGAGAUAGAGUUACAGUAGUUGGUAUUCUUAAAGUAACACCAAUAAGGACAAGUACAACUAGAAGGACCCUAAAAAGUUUGUACACUUACUUUGUAAAUGUUAUCCACGUCAAAGUAAUCAAUUCAACAAAUGCCAACCAACCAACCAAGGGAUUAAAGUAUUUGGGUAACGAAAAUGAUUUUUCGGACUUACAAGUAUACAGGAUAUUGGAACUUAGUCGUAAUCCCAUGAUAUACAGAAUACUGUUAGACUCUUUUGCCCCUUCAAUCAAAGCCAGAAAUAAUGUUAAGAUUGGUUUGUUGUGCCAACUCUUUUCAUCUAAUGCCAAUUCAAGUGAUACCAAUAAGAGUCCUGAUGCAUGUUAUAAGGUGGAUAAUUUUAGAGGAAUAAUAAACGUAUUGUUGUGUGGAGAUCCAGGGACUGCUAAGUCUCAACUACUCCAUUACACACACUUGCUAUCACCUCGUUCUAUUUACACUUCAGGGAAAAGUAGUUCCAGCGUCGGUCUUACUGCGAGCAUUAAGUUUAAUGAAAGUGAUAAUGGUCGAGCAAUGAUACAACCUGGGGCUGUAGUUUUGGCGAACGGAGGUGUUUGUUGUAUUGACGAAUUGGACAAAUGCCAUAAUGAAUCAAGACUAAGUCUGUACGAGGUUAUGGAACAACAAACGGUUACAAUAGCAAAAGCUGGUAUUGUUGCAACUUUGAAGGCUGAAACUGCAAUAUUGGCCAGCUGUAACCCAAUUAAUAGUAGAUACAAUAAGAACAAGGCUGUUAUUGAAAAUAUUAACAUUUCACCAAGUUUGUUCACAAGGUUCGAUUUGAUUUAUUUGGUGUUAGACCACAUUGAUCAGGACACAGAUCAGUUGAUUAGUUUAAGCAUUGCUAGAGAUUUCUUAUUACCACAUAUGACUGGUGCUUCAGACAGUUUUGAUACUUAUGACCGUAGUAAUACUAUGCAUGUUGAAUCAGAGAUGUUAAGAUCAGAAAAGGAUUAUAAUAUGAAUGAUUUGGAUAUGAUGAGAAUGUACAUAAAAUUCUCAAAAUUACACUGUUUUCCAAAAUUGAGUGAUGAAGCUAAGAAGGUCAUAACAAGGGAAUAUGUUAAGAUGCGUCAGGGUAACUUUCAAACUUCGAAUUUAGAUGAACUUGAGCACGCUCAAGAAGACGAUGAUGAUGAUCUCUAUUACCAAUCAUCCGGAACCAGAAUGAUCUAUGUCAGUAGCCGUAUGAUCAGUUCUAUAAUUAGAAUUGCCGUUUCACUGGCUAGGAUGAGGCUUAGCACGCUUGUAACCAAGGCCGAUGCCUUACAAGCUGUACAAAUUGUUAAAAGUUCUACAUUCCAGUCACUGGUAGAUCCAACUACCGGGAAAAUAGAUUUUGAUCAACUUCACCAAGGAAUUACCACCAAUAAAAUGCAACAGUUAAAUCAGAUGUACGAGCAGGUUCUGUCAGUUUUGACAAGAUCUAGUAAUCAGGAUUCUAACAAAUCAUUAGAUUUGAAUGAAGUUUUAAAUCUAUUAAACAAGGACUUUAAAGAUGUUUACGAUCACAAGGAUGGAGAAAUUUAUAAGUUGAUUUCCGACGUAUUAAAUAAAAUGGUACAAGAAGGAACAGCCGUUCGGGAAAACAACUCAUAUAGGCUAAAGAAAAUCUUUUCAUAA